UCGGAGGCGCAGAGUGUGUUAACCAAUGACCUGGAGGAGUAGGGAGGGCGAGAUUAGGCCCGGAGUUGCCUAACGCUACCUUGGUGGGGGGUGAUUUACGAAAUGGGGUGAAGAGUGGUUCAAUGGCCCUCCCAAGUCACCAUUUUUCUGGCCCGCGGAAGUUAAGCAACGCAGAGGCGGGCCUAAGACCGGAAGCAGGAAGGAGUGCGCAGGAAGCAGGGCGCCGUAGCCAGUCACGCUGUAGGUCCGUGGGUCUGUCGGUCCCGAGGGCAGAAUGGAGAAGCUGCGGCUCCUGGGCCUCCUCUACCAGGAGUACGUGACUCGUCACCCAGCCGCCACGGCCCAGCUGGAGACGGCAGUGCGGGGCCUCAGUUACCUGCUGGCAGGUCGUUUCGCCGAUUCGCACGAGCUGUCAGAGCUGGUGUACUCUGCCUCUAACCUGCUCGUGCUGCUCAAUGACGGGAUCCUACGGAAGGAGCUUCGAAGAAAGCUACCUGUGUCCCUGUCCCAGCAAAAGCUGCUGACAUGGCUGAGCGUGCUGGAGUGUGUGGAGGUGUUCAUGGAGAUGGGGGCCGCCAAGGUGUGGGGCGAAGUGGGGCGUUGGCUUGUCGUCGCCCUCAUCCAGCUGGCCAACCGCCUCCCCCCGCCAGCCUCGCCGUACUCCCAACCCAGGGCUGUACUGCGGAUGUUCCUGCUGAUCUGGUUCAAGGCUGGCCUCCAGACCUCACCCCCCAUCGUUCCGCUGGACAGGGAGACCCAAGCGCAGUCCCAGGAUGGUGACCACAGCCCUGGCAGCCGGGAGCAGGCGUACGUGGGGAAGCGGUCAAACCGAGUGGUGCGGACUCUGCAGAGCACUCCGUCCCUGCACUCAAGGCACUGGGGAGCCCCCCAGCAGCGGGAGGGACGGCAGCAGCAGCAGCACGAGGAGCUGAGCAUCACCCCCACCCCGCUGGGGCUGCAGGAGACCAUCGCAGAGUCCUUGUAUAUUGCCCGGCCCCUGCUGCACUUGCUCAGCCUGGGCCUAUGGGGUCAGCGGUCGUGGACACCCUGGCUCCUGUCUGGAGUCGUGGAUGUGACCAGCCUGAGCCUCCUGAGCGAGAGGAAGGGCCUGACCCGGAGGGAGCGGCUGGAGCUGCGGCGCCGGACCAUCUUGCUGCUCUACUACCUGCUGCGCUCCCCGUUCUACGACCGCUUCUCCGAGGCCAAGAUCCUCUUCUUGCUCCAGCUGCUGGCAGACCAUGUCCCAGGCAUUGGCCUGGUCACAAGGCCACUCAUGGAUUACUUGCCUACCUGGCAGAAAAUUUAUUUCUACAGUUGGGGCUGACAGACAUUCCGCAGUUGGGGUGUGGGGAAGGGCAGGGGGUGCCUCAACCCUUCAGUCCCCUGGUCCCCUCUGCCCUAAUAAAACUGACUCUGUCAGUGU